GAGAGAGAGAGGGAGGGAGGGAGGGAGGAGCGGCCUCGGGGACGAUGCGGGAGCCCGGGCCCGAGUCGCUGCUGCGGUUCCUGGGCCGCCGGGCCCUGAGCGGGGACCGCUUCCUCAAGGAGUCUUUCCAGCGGCAGCGCCUGUCCGCCUGCAGGAACCUCUUCAAGAAGGACCUGCUCGGCCACUUCGGCUGCGUCAACGCCAUCGAGUUCAGCGGCGGAGCCGGGGAGCUGCUGGUGUCGGGUGGAGAUGACCGUCGUGUCUUGUUAUGGCAUGUUGAUAAGGCUAUUCAUUCAAAAGCUAAACCUACCCAACUGAAAGGCGAACAUCUAUCCAACAUCUUCUGUUUAGCAUUUGACAGCACAAAUACCCAUCUCUUUUCUGGAGGAAAUGAUGAGCAAGUGAUUGUUCAUGAUGUUGAAAGCACUGAAAUAGUGAGUGUUUUCCCCCAUGAUGAUGCUGUGUACGGCCUGUCUGUGAGUCCUGUGAAUGACAAUGUGUUUGCCAGUUCCUCAGAUGAUGGCAGAGUUCUUAUCUGGGAUAUACGGGACUCGCAUGGAGAACCGUUUUGUUUGGCAAAUUACCCAUCAGCCUUUCACAGUGUGAUGUUUAACCCUGUGGAGCCUAGACUCUUGGCUACUGCAAAUUCCAAAGAAGGAGUGGGCCUGUGGGAUAUCCGCAAGCCUCGAAGCUCCUUGCUCCGUUAUGGAGGAAAACUUCCCAUGCAGAGUGCCAUGAGUGUCCGCUUCAAUAGUAGUGGGACCCAGCUGUUGGCACUGCGGCGUCGCCUGCCUCCAGUAUUAUAUGACAUUCACUCGCCACAGUCUGUGUUUGAGUUUGAUAACCAAGGAUAUUUCAAUUCCUGCACAAUGAAGAGCUGUUGCUUUGCAGGAGACCGUGAUCAAUUUGUUCUGUCUGGCUCCGAUGACUUUAAUCUGUACAUGUGGCGCAUUCCUUCCAGUUUGGAGACAGGAGGUCCUGCCAGAAUUGUGAAUGGUGCAUUCAUGGUGCUGAAGGGUCAUCGCUCCAUCGUAAAUCAAGUGCGCUUCAACCCUCAUUCAUACAUGAUCUGUUCAUCAGGAGUGGAAAAGAUUAUCAAGGUUUGGAGUCCAUACCUACAACCAAAUUGUGCUGGAGACUUAGAAGGAGCAGUGGAAGAUGACACCCGCAAUCUUUAUACUCAUGAAGAGUACAUCAGCCUGGUCUUGAAUAGUGGGAGUGGUCUGUCGCAUGAUUAUGCUAACCAGUCAGUUCAGGAAGAUCCAAGAAUGAUGGCUUUCUUCGAUUCCCUUGUAAGGCGUGAGAUUGAGGGCUGGAGUUCUGACUCUGACAGUGACCUGAAUGAGAGUACAAUUCUUCAGCUUCAUGCAGGGGCUAGUGAACGAUCAGGAUACAGUGAUACUGAAUCUUCUGCUUCAUUACCACUGUCACCCCAGCAGGGUGACGAUUCAGAUGAGGCGACCUACACACUGGACCGACAGAAGCUGCCCAAUACUUCUGCAACUAGGGAAGACCUACAGUCUCGUCGACAGAGGUUGUCCGCCCUGAGGCGCUACCAGGAUGAGCGGCUUCGAACUCUUUCAAAUGACUCUGAUUCCUCAGAAAACAGCUAUCAACAAGUAAAUACUGACUCGGAUGCCGAUCCUGUGAAGAGGCCUCGAUCCCCAAGCCCAGAGGUGAAUGAUUCCAGUAGUUCCAGCAGUAAUGGUAGGCGCCGUGCAUCUAUGCGCCAAAGAAAUGCUGCAAGAGCCAAGCAAAAACUCCGUAGGGAAAAAAGGGGUACUUCACAAUUCAAAAAAGUAAAACAGUGUAGUGCUGAGGAUAGUGUCAACUAUUCUCAAGUACACGACGCUGACAAUUCAUCAGCUUCAUCUUCACCAGAAAGAAGCAGUACUGAAUUUGAUAAUAGUAGAGGAAGAAUAUCUCCUUACUCAGACAGUGAGUCUGAGGUCAGAAAGGUUUAUAAAGCCUACAGUAAAAUCCAAAAUACCUUCAAGUCACAAUUGAAAUCAAAAGGAGGCACCAUGACAUUUUUGCCUCUGGCAGAUGUGCCGGACACAAGUGAGAGAGGCAGUUCAUUAAAUACUUUAGCACAAGAAAGUGACACCGCCAGAAAAGGUGCAGUGGCAUCUCAUAGAUUUAGAGAGGAAAGAUGUUUCGAUGAACACAAUGGCGAAAGUAGCAGCUCAGCGGAGUAUGCACACACACAGGCAAAGAGCAAGCAUUCAGUCUUGCUUGGUCAUGACUGCAGUACUGUGACAUCCGUGAAGGAAGCGACUUCUGGAGAGCAGGGAUGUGCUGUUGAAGAUGCCCCCAGUGGCUGUGCUGAGCAUUGUUAUGAGGCCAAAAAGGUUAAUGGCAAAUCAGUCUGUGUAGGAAACAACAGUAACUUAGCUAACCAGUGUCAAUCAUUUGUCAGCCAGGCACAAGAGCUGUGUAGUCACACAGAGGUGUUGGAAUGUGUGAAUACACAAACUGUACAGCAGAUGGCCAGAGAAGAAUCUGGUCAGGAAUUUAUUAAAUCCACAUUAUCUCCAACAAUCCCAUUUGCAGAAUUACAUCUACCUGGAGCAAGAAGUAAUUCUGACCACAUUGAUAAAUCCAAAACCAGGACUUGUGACGUAGAUGAAAGGUGUUCAGAUACUUCCUGCAGUAAUGGCCUUUUUGAUAGGCAGUGUGCAGGCCACUGUGAACAGACUUGCUCAGAGCAGGGGGAUUCAGCAGUGGCCUCCAAGUCAGAAGCUGGUAGCUAUGUACAGGUAGCCUCAUUGCACCACAAGGAAGACUGUUCCCAAUCUGGGAUAAAUGAACAUUACGAAUGUGCUAAGAAAAUGAUAGCACUACAAAAAAUUUUUGAUUGUCGCCAAGGGACCCUGUCACCAGCAGAGACUGGCCAGCCUUCUGGAGGGUUAAAAAGGUUGCGAAAAGAGCUGGAUCCGGACUAUGCACCAACUGAGAAGAAACAGAAGACAUGAUAUGAUUUGCACUUGUCCUACACCAGUGCCUCAGAAUGUCACUGAUUAAAGCAUUUAAUUAGAACUCCACAAGACACUGGCCUGUAAAACAGUGAGAGCUUUUGUUAACAAUUAUGUAAAUAAGUCAAUUUAUUGAAGAAAUGCUAAUACAGAAAUUUGUAGAAUGUGUAUGAUAAUGGUAUAUAAAAUACAAAUUAUUUGGAGUGAUUCUAACUUCGGAUUCAGAUAUCCAAUUUGGCUCAGAGGGUUUGUACUUCUUCUGUUUAAGUAUUCAUUAUGCCAAGCAAGGGUUUAUGGUGCAUUUUGCCUCUCAAAUCGGACAAAUUAUUAUAAAGCUUCCCCUCAUAUCAACUUGGUAAAGGUGAGCAGAUUUAUAUAUGUUCCAAGUAUUCAAGCCCAUGGAAUAAUAAAAGAACAGAUGAAGACUUUUUGAAAUCUAACACUUUAUAGUUCUUGAGGGUUUUUUUUGGUCUUAUUUUAAAUUGCCGCCUUUGUAUGGUAGCUUUUUAUUCGUGCAAGGGGUAGACAGUUUGAUUCUUAAGGAAAAUGUUUAACAUGUUGGUUGUGUACGUGGAACACGGUGAUCUGUUGAUAAAGAAGAGAAUUUGACUUAAGCAGUGGUCAGGAAUAAAGUUUUGUGUUUUGUGUUUAAUUUCUUAAUGAGAAUUAUUUGAAGCACAACAUUUCUGCACAGUAGGUGCAUGGUCAGCUGUCACUUUCCUUAACAGAUGAGAGAAAUAAACAAGGUCAUUCUCAAUUC